ACAACCACAACAACCACGACUACUACCCCACGACCAACAACGGUUAAACCUAGUCCGCCUCAAACAACACCUAAACCUGUAACAGCCACUCCAAGGCCAAUACAACCUACUCCUGCUGCUGAAAACGAGAUACCAGUACAGGCCGUCAGCAGCUUUCCUGAAAAUACGAACGCUAAUUCAAUCGACACCAUGAUCAAUAAUGUUCUUGAUAAUUCUAUUCCUGUGCAAGAACCAACAGCAAGACCUACACAAAGACCGACGACAACAACGCCAACACCGCCAACAACAACCACCACGACCGCUAAACCGACGACAACCCCAAAGCCGACGUCAGCUUUACCAAGACCGACAACACGACGUGCUGCAGUUGACAACCUCGCGUCUAGAGAGGAAUCAACACGGCCAAAUCUGACGGUCAACAAGUGGGCUAUGGACAAGGUUCUCAAGCGAUGGGUACUGAAGCUUAGUAAUGGCAAAAUCUUGGUAGCAAAACCGGGAACAAGAGCAGAAAGGAAGACGUUCGCACAGUUCAUUGCAAUGCGUAGAGCAGUACUAGGCGAAACUACCCCAGCUCCUCCAACGACAACUACGACAACAACGACGACGACAACACCAGCACCAUCGGCCAGAGAGGAUGAAAUGAAAGCAGAUGCCGCUGUAACACAAGCUCCUAGGUAUAACAACGUAAACAGCGUGAAUUCUAACUCGAAUUCGGUAUAUGGAAGUGCGUCACGGCACCAAAUUAGUGAAACUGCAAGACAGGAUUCAAGGAAUGGACUUUCUGAGGACAACAGGAUCUACCCUAAUGGCAUGGAGAGGUACAGAAAUGGUAGUAUUGGGCACAGACACAGACAUCACCACGGCGGGCAUAGAGGUUCAUCAUCGCGAAUCAAGGUCCGGCUAGCAGGUGGCCGAAGAGGCACGGACGGUAGACUGGAGGUGCUGCCCCAUGGUCAGACAGUGUAUGGAGUUAUCUGUGGUGACCAGUGGACAUUCAAAGAAGCUAUAGUAGCAUGCAGGCACGUCGGGGCGGGAUACGCUCAGCAAAACACAACUACAUCUGUGUUCGGAGGCAGAAACAUGACUAAGUUAUUCUUCUCAGUGAGAUGCACAGGAAAAGAGGAUAACCUUAAUGAAUGUCAAUGGACAGAGCAUGAAGGCGGGUACAGUUGUAGGAGGGCUGACUCAGUAGCAGGCGUGGUGUGUGCAAAAGAGCUCCCUGACCUUGAACCAAGUACAUAUAUGGUGGAGACGACUGCAUUCCUUCAAGAUCGAUCAUUGUUCUAUUUGACAUGCGCAAUGGAAGAACAAUGUCUAUCCAGUUCCGCUUACGAAAUCAGAAGAAAUAGUCCUUAUGGAUGGAGAAGAAGCACGAGACGGCUGUUGAGAUUUUCUAGCGUUGUACGUAAUCGUGGCACUGCAGAUUUUAACCCGACCAAGAGGCGCCAUGAGUGGGAGUGGCAUGCUUGUCAUCAGCAUUAUCAUAGUAUGGAAAUCUUCGCCCACUACGAUAUCACCGACCACAACGGGAACCUUAUGGCCGAGGGACUGAAGGCCAGUUUUUGUCUCGAGGACUCCGAAUGUGAUCGUGGGGUUCGACCAAAGUACAGGUGUCAAAACUACGGCCAUCAGGGGAUUUCUAUCGGAUGUUCAGAUAACUACAUGGCAGAUAUAGACUGUCAGUGGAUCGAUAUAACUGAUCUCAAGCCGGGUAAUUACGUGUUUAAGAUCGAAGUAAAUCCAUCCUUGUUGAUAGCAGAACUCAGUUAUGACAACAAUGUGAUCAGGUGUAAGCUAGGCUAUACUGGAUACCACGCGAGGAUACACGAAUGUAAACUAGAGAGUUUACUAGAUUAAUAGUAACACAGAGACUUACUAUCCUACGCCAGUAUUAGGUGAAACUCCAAGAGGUCCAAUAUCUUCUAAAUAUGUAUCACGUGAUCAGUAUUUCAUCAGGAACCACUCGUCUUCAAUGACUAAGGCUGCAGCUGUUUCAUGAACUGUGACAAUGAUUUGGGAUAGACAGUCUUUGUGAACAUUACGACAUUGAGUGUUGAAUAUUGAAUUAAGACUAGCUAGAGAUAGGAUGUGUUACGUAAACUUCGACUAUGACACUCAGGUGCAGAGAAGCAUCUCUCUCAGUGAUAUUAAUUUGGUAUAUAUGACACCGUCUACAUACAUGUGUGAAGUUAGCAGUGAUUCAACAUAACUAACGAUAAUGGGAGGGUCCAUACUAGUGAAAAACAUAGGGUACACAGCUUUCAUAAUACCAAAUGUCUUUCAUAUUUUGCGUUUGUCAGCUGUACUGUAUGAUUUAAUACUUUGACUAACUUCCGGUUGACAUAAAAACCCGACAGCUAUUUCCGGUUGACAUAAAAACCCGACAGCAUUAUUUCCAUCUGAUGUGUAUCUGACUAAUGUUUACUGCUCUGUGUGUGAAUCAUGCACGUGGAGUUCGGCGUUCACCAGUAUCACCCAGUCAUCAGGCUGUGGCGGGUAUUACACCCACUCAUAGCCUCCGUGACGUCAUCAUGAGAGUGGCGAUUACAUUACUAUGAAAUCCAUUAGUUAGUAUGAUAAAUUGUGUAUUGCUUUUGUGUGAGUGUGUGUGUGUUUUCAUGAUAUUUCUGUGAUAAAAGAUGGUGUGUGAAUGUGAAAUAUGUGAUGUUGUUGUUUCUAAUGCAAAUUAAGAUAUUUUUGCAAAGUUGGAAUUAUUUACUCAUUGAAUAUAUUAAGCAAACAUGCUGUGAUCUAUAUACAAAUAUAAUUUCACAAUCAUGAUACACUUGUGUUGUGUGUAGUAUUACCAACCAUGACAUGAAGUUGAACUGUCGACAUACGAUAUGUAAUUAGUCUAUGUUGUUUAGGCGCGAAGGUCACAUGAUAGCUAAUAUAGAAAAAAUAUCAUAUCGUGUUACAUCUUUGUUUUCAUUGUGUCCCAGAAACACCCGUGUAGCAUAACCAAAAUUUCUUAGAUACCCGUGUCACGUAACCAAGCUUUCUUAGUUACACCCGUGUAACGUAACCAAGGUUUCCUAGUUACACCCGUGUAACGUAACCAAGGUUUCCUAGUUACACCCGUGUAACGUAACCAAGGUUCCCUGGUUACACCCGUGUAACGUAACCAAGGUUAUCUAGAUACACCAAUGUAACGUAACCAAGGUUUGCAAGAUACACCCGUGUAACGUAACCAAGGUUUCUUAGAUACCCAUGUAACGUAACCAAGGUUUCUUAGUUACCCCCAUAUAACGUAACCAAGGUUUCUUAGUUACACCCAUGUAACGUAACCAAGGUUUUUUAGUUACACCCAUGUAACGUAGCCAAGGUUUCUUAGAUAAACCCAUGUAACGUAAAGUAACCAUGGUUUCCAAGAUACACCAAUAUAACCAAUGCUUCCCAGAUUCCUAGACAUUUGUAUUGCUAAUGUUACGCAGAUACACUUAUGUAGCUAAUGUUACUAAGAUACACACUUAUGUAGCUAAUGUUACUAAGAUACACUUAUGUACAGUAGCUGAUGUUAUAUUGUACUAAGAUACACUUAUGUAGCUGAUGUUACUAAGGUACACUUAUGUAGCUGAUGUUACUAAGAUACACUUAUGUAGCUGAUGUUACUAAGAUACACGUAUGUAACUAAUGUUUCUCAGACACACUUAUGUAACUAAUGUUACUAAGAUACACUUAUAUAGCUAAUGUUUCUCAGAUGUUUGAGAUGUUAAAACAUUAGUUUUUAAAGUUAUUAUUCCAUUAACAUCAGUAAUACAUAUUAAAGACAUUUUCAAUGAAGUCCUGUUGGAUACCUUGAUAAGGAAUUGCUUUAUCUUACCUCUUUACAAAUACCCAAAUAUUAAACCGAUUAUAAUUUGAUACACAAGUUGUAAUAUCCGUGCCUUAAAUGUUUAAGUUGGUACUUGUUAUAAUAUUGGACGAAGAUGACGAAGUCAUCGAACCGUAACGAGUUAAUUAGCUCUCAAUUUUGUCCUUUUCUUUCUUUUUUUUUCAAUUUAACGGUAUUAACAUUCAAAUGCUGAAAUCCUACUUUCUGGUUUCAUUUUGGUUCCAAAAACGAACAGAAAAUAUCGACAUUUAACUUCAGAAAAUCUUCAUUUGGCUCAUAAUAAACAAGAGCAAGAUAUAAACGAAAUAUCGAUUUACUCUUAAUUUUUAAUGAAAUACCAGAUACAUGUAUUCCGGAAGAGAAAGCGUCUCCUGGUCCAUUGACGAGACCUGCCACAUAAGUCUAGGUUUGUCCAUAUCAUGACACUUAAGACUAGGGAACUUUAUAUAGGUAUUAUAUAUAUCGCCGUGUAGACUUCGUAUCAAAAUCCCGGUGUUGUUAUGUAUAUAUAGAUGUGUAACCGUUGCCUCAGAAUUUGUUACAUGAAAGUUUACGAUAUCAUUGUUUCUCACAAUCAAAAUAUAUCAUUAACAUAUAAAUAGAUAAUGUACGUAUCAUGUUCAUGAAAUCAGGAUGUAUAUAUUCUAUUUCAUUGAAGUCGUGGACUUUCGCUACCAUGAAGUUCAUGAGAUAUGAAUAUGUAUGUUCUAUUGUCAUGAACGCAAUGUCUUUCGUAUCAGUGAAUUGUGAAUCGCAUAAGAAUAAGAAAAUUGACUGUCGAGUUUGUAUAUAUUGAUAAGUAUUUUUCAUGCUUUAUUUGGAUUUUAUUUAUUACUUGUGUGUAUAACUUGUCUAAUAAAUGGUACACUAAACUAAA